UUGUUGUUGUUUUAAAUGUCGUACUUACAGUCUCUAAAUGUACUCUUCGUUGUUGACAAAUUCGUCAGUAACAUAGACCCUCGAGUUGAUUAUAUUAUAACUGAACAGUCUGCAAUCGCACUACUUCCCCUCGCGGAGGAAUAUGAAAUUGCAAGUCUGAAGAAACUCUGCGAACAGACGAUAAUGCAAUCAUUCCGCAAUAUGAGAAAGGGGAAAAAACGCGGUGAAUGUAUUCCUGUAGACAUCAGUUUGGAAUAUCUUCAUAUGGCCGAUAAGUACGAAUUUCCCGGGCUACGUAAUCUCGUUACUGACGAAUUUGUCAACAACGAAGACCCGAAAGCCAUGGCGACGUUGCUCGAGUCCUCAUUGAUAUCAGAGCAUGUUAAGUUGAAUGUUUUAGACAAAAAAGUUGAAAAAGUUCAUUUCGAACUGGAUAAAGAACGCAGAGAGCGCACCGCUAUUGAAACUAAACUUGGAGACUACGGCCAGAGACGUGUUGGGCGACGACCGCUUUAUGACUAAUGACUAAACCGAACACAUAAACCUGUUGACGCCAUUGUUUAAACAAUGUUUAAAAAAUACAAGUACAUGUAAAUUGAAUUGAGAUGCCAAGUCGUAUGUACAUUAUACAGUAUACAGGCAUUUAGAUUAAAAAAAAGUGUAACAAAAUAAUUGUUUAAAACCAUAUUUACUAGGAUAACUAAAAUAUAUGUCGAACUCUUUAAAAGGCAAAAUGGAAGAUGUUCCAGACCCAGUUUAGGAGGUUUAGGUUUAUUUAAAAAGUGACCAGGAAUGGCAAUGUGUCACAUUGUCACUAUUGUUUAAUCUAUUCGUGACUUACUUAAAGAGACGUUAACAGAAUAUGACAAGUCCAUAAAGCAUUUCUUGUUUUGCUAUAGCAUAGGAGCAGUCUACCAAGAUUUGGUAAAUUUAAGUGUUUAAUCAGAGCCUCACUCCAAACAUUAUUCAACGCCAAAUUUGCGUCAAAAUGACAAAUGUAUUAUGUGAAGUUUUGUCCGUUUUCAUUACCUCCAUAUAGAUCAUCUGCACAUUUUGCAUUCAUCAUUUUUUAUAUUAAGAUAAUAAUAGUAUUAAAACAUGCAGCGGA